AUGGCCAACACCAUGCCGCUCCCAAUCCCGCCUCGCACUCCCACCCCUGACCCAGACGAACCCUCCUCACCACAGAUCCUCGCUGCCGCCGAUCCAGAGACACUCUUUGACCAUAACAGUCUCUCGCCUCUGCAUGCCGAAAGAGAAAACAUGAGCUCGUUGGGGGCGACAUUAUCUUCACCGGGUACUCCCUUGAAACACAAUGCCAAUGGCGCGGGGCCUUUCAACUUCCAGCCGGCGACUAUGGCCAAGUCGCCCAUCAUAAAGUCCAACAUUGGCCAGCGACGUGGUCACAAGUACAAACACAGCAGUGUUUCGCAUCAGAUCUUCCUGGAGCCUCCUCCUCGGGCACCCUUGGCCCUCCCGAACUCUCUGCCCAUCCCCACGUUCGCAGAGUGCAGGGCAAGCAUGACGAAAGACCAGAAUGUCCGCUUCUACUGGAGUAUAUGUCAUAUGGCGGUAGCAGGCUACACAGCGUGGAAUGCACAUGGCUCGGCGGCGAUGGAGGCUCUAUCGCACCUGAUCUUCUACGAUUCGUUAGGUGCCCUCUUGUGCGUCCUGGUCGAAAUCUUCUCAAACUUCGAGGUGUGGGGGAGAUCGAGCGUCAGGCAUCCGUUCGGACUGCAGCGCAUGGAAGUCAUUGCGGGAUUUGCCUUGUCUGUGCUGUUGAUCUUCUUUGGAUUCGACCUGAUAUCACACAACGCGAAACAUGCUCUGGAGGGAAUCGGGCAUGAGCCACAUCACCCACAUACCCACGACCGUGUUACCACUGGCACGAUUGACCUGACGGCGCUAAUUGCGCUGGCAGCUACCCUUGUCUCCGCUGUUGGUUUGCAGAAUCAUGCUCGCAUUGGGAAAGCCAUGAGGUUUGCCGCUAUGGAGAACCUGCCGUCGUUGUUGAGCAACCCGUCACAUUUUCUGACGCUGUCGUGCUCGGCCACCAUGCUGAUACUACCUUUGCUGUCUUUGCACACCUACGAAUGGGUGGAUAAGAUCCUCUCCUUGAGCAUUGCGCUGAGCAUGCUGUUUCUGGGUGUGCAUUUGGGCCGUAACGUCGGAGCGAUGCUUUUGAUGUCACUUCCAUCGAGAUCCACCGAUGUCGCCGAGGUGGUCAAGGCCAUCGAAGCUCAACCCCUUGUGCGCAGCGUGGAACAAGCCAAGUUCUGGCAGGCGCACUAUGGCAUGGGCAUGGCAAAUCUGAGACUGAGAGUUGUUGGGACCGAAGAGAAUCUACUCAAGCUCAGAGAAACAAUUUCGAGCAUUAUUCGAAACAGGCUGAGUGGAGGAUAUGGCUCGGGGAGCAGCGGUCAGAAGUGGGAAGUCAGUGUUCAGUUCAAGGUCGACACUGACAGUGCCAUUUCUCAAAGUCAUGCUCACUUUUCGCCGGGGCCAAGAUGGACUCCGACUUGA